AUGGACGAGCGGCAGGAACAACCGGAGGAAGACGCGCCCGAGAUCGUCUCAGAGUUCCCCGCGCCGCCAAAGUUCUUUGUGCUGUACGCAGAUGGAGAGGAGAGUGGCCCUGCGCCGCCUGCGCCCAUGAGCCCCACGUACCACAUGUUUGGGUCCCCGUACAGCACGCACGACGUGGUGCCCGACCUGCUCCAGCCGGGCAAAAAGCUGUACGCGUCCGAGAGCGACGACAGCGGCGCUGCUGCUUCGGUGGACUACAAGAUGCAGAUGAAAAAGAUCAACCGCUCGCUGCUCGCCAACUUUGUCGAGCUCGUGGACAUUCUGAUCAAGAAACCGGUCCUGUUCAAUGAGAAGCUGGACGAAGUGGAGCUCUUGUUUCUCAACAUGCACAACCUCAUCAACGCUUUCCGACCACACCAGGCGCGCGAAACUGUGAUCCAGAUGCUCGAGACACAAGUACAAGAGCGUCGGGACGCUGCGCGCGAUAUCCGUCGCACGAUCGACGAGUCGAGACGAGCAGUGGAGCGCGUGCACGCUGAGCUGCACGAGACGACGGACGACCUAGCAGCUGCAGAAGGAGCUUCCACUGCUGGCGCUGGUGAUGAUGUUGAGAUGGAGAAUGUCGACGGGGUAGCAGAUAUGGACAAGGGAGACGAUGGAGCGCAUGCGAGCGAGGCCGUCAGCGCAGUGACGCUCACGCCUGCGCAACAAGAACAAGCACAGAAAGCUCGCGAGGCACGUCAGAUGCAGGAACAGUUUUUCUCAGCGCUUGAGGCUGCGAUGAGCUGA